UACUAUUGAACAACUCCGAAGUUCGAAGCAACAUUUUCUUCUCCUCUCCUCUCCUCUUCAUCCUCAUCAAUGUUCUGUUCUGUUCUGUUCUGUCUUGUUGGAACUGCCCCGUGAAUUUCUCUCUCCUCUCUCUCUUCCGGCGAAGGUUCAGUCUUUCAUUUCCCAACUGCUGAGCUGAAAUAUCCCCCGAAGCUCACUCAGUCUCCUCUCCCCGACAAAUCCUCUGAGCAGACAGAGAUUACCGGACAAAGUCGGACGGUGAAGAGAGAGAGAGAGAGUGGGAAGAUCAGAGAGGGUCUAGUCUGAAAGGGAGCCGAGAGAUUCGGAGGAGGAGGAGGGUUGAGGGCGGCAACGAUGAUGGCGUCGACAACGAGGAGGAGAGCAGCUAAUCAGGAUCUGCCACGCCAGCCCUCCCUCAUCUCCGCCUCAUCCCUCUCCCCCCUCAUGGCCGACAACGCCGCCGCCGCCGGCUCUAUCAACAUGGACGAAAUCCUCAAGAACUUCUACCCCGAGACCACCCCCAGCUCCAGCUCCAACCCCGACGCCAACGCCAACGCCAACGCCAACGCCAACCACAACCCCCCUUCUGACCCCGCCCCCGAUCCUCCCCCUCCCCUUUUUCACUCCGCGGGAAAUGACGCUGACAAGACCGUCGACGAUGUCUGGAAGGAGAUCGUGGCUGGCGCCGCGCGGCAGCACCCUUCCGAUGGCGGCAGGGACCAGCAGGUCACCCUGGAAGAUUUCCUGAUGAAGGCUGCUGUCGGACCUCCUGUGGAGGCUGCUGCAACCGCUGCGCCUGGACCCGGGGCCGUCCCUUCCGUGAUGGUCAAUGGGAGCUUGAUUCAGCCUCAGGGUCAAUUGGGGGUCCCCGUAGGAGCAGGAGGUGGGGGCGGGAGAGGGAAGAGGAGGGCUGCGCUGCAUGAGGAGCCGCCCGUGGACAAGGCCACCCAGCAGAAGCAGCGCCGCAUGAUCAAGAACCGCGAAUCGGCCGCCCGCUCCCGUGAACGGAAGCAGGCAUAUACUGCAGAGCUGGAAAAUCUGGUCACCCAGCUCGAGGAGGAGAAUGCUCAACUUCUAAGAGAAGAGGCCGAGCUGAACAAGGAAAAAUGCGAAAAGUUGGUGGAGAUUGUUGUUCCUGUGACAGAAGGUAGAAGACCGCCAAGGGAUCUUCGGAGGGUCCAGUCCAUGUAGGGGUGUAGCUUCCUCGAGUAAUCUCCUAUGAGAACGAGCAGUGUUAGACUGCCACUUCCAUUAAAGACAUCUUUCACACAGCAGAGCAGUUAAUAAAGGGAAAGCAGGAAGAAUCAGAAGAGCAUAAAGAGAAACGAGUUGCACUAUCGCAUCUAUUCUUACUAAUAGUAUCUCACGUUAUUACAAACUGUUGUUGCAGAUUGCUUCUCCUGUAGAGAAAGGGGAUGUGCGUAAAUAGAGAGGUAUGAAUACAUUCUGUUUGUUACAGAUCGAGGGUGGGUGUAUUUAAGAAUGGUAGGUUAGGUUGGAUGGUUGAGAAUAUUUAAUCUAGCACUGACUCGUCUAGUUAUGUUGUAGUGUGAUAAAAGUGAUCAUUUAUAGAAAGGUCUGUUUACAUUCAUUUUC